AUGAAAUUCGAACCGAACACGAACAAAACGACUCUUCUGCUAGACAACCUCAGGUUCCCAAACGGCAUUGCGCUGAGCGAAAACAGGGAUUUCUUACUUUUCGUGGAGACCACAACUUGUAAACUAUUUAAAUAUUGGCUCAAGACACCUAGGAUUGGAGAACUUGAGGUUAUGACACAAUUCCAUGGUUUUCCAGACAACAUAAAGAGGAUCAAAAGUGGUGGCUUUUGGGUGGGAAUCAAUUCGAGGAGAGGGAAACUCUUGGAUUGGAUCAUUUCGAACCCUUCGAUCGGAAAAUUUGUUGUUGAAUGGUCUCCGUUCGAUUGUACUAGGAUACAUUUGUACAUGGCUCGUUUAAUCGGACGUUUGGGAAUGGGGAUUAGGCUUGAUCGAGACGGGAAUGUGGUCGAUGUAUUGGAUUUGAGUAAGGGAAUGAAAUGGAAAUUGGUUAGUGAAGUUGAGGAGCAUAAUGGGUAUUUGUGGGUAGGGUCUGUGACAAGGUCUUUUGCUAUUAAAGAAAGAGUUCCAAAACAUCAUUAA